AUGGGUUCCUGGCAGCUUUUGAUGUUUGGCUUUGUUCUUGCCUGUGUCGGGCUUAGUGACGCUAGAUUCCUGAGUUUGAGCGGGCCAACUUACUUUGGAGUUGAAGUGGAAAUAGAGCCAGAACCUGAGAGAGAGCACUCCAGGGAGUCUGUUCAGCACGAUGACAGCCUGCAGGCAGAGCAGGUCCAGCCAGGAGAACAAACUCUCUCCUGGAGGUAUCCUAAGGAUCCAGUGGAAACAGUGAGAAAGGCCCCUGUGAACUUUUCACCCAGGCAGCCGGUGAACAUCAACCGUCUUGCAGUGAGGUGUGGGGAGAGCAGGGUCCAGGUGGAGGUGAGCCAGGACCUGCUGGGCCGGGGCACGCUAAUAAAGCCGGAGGAGAUCACCCUCGGUGGUUGUUCAGCCACUGAGGUCGACAACUUGGCUCAUGUGCUCGCCUUUGAGAGUGAGCUGCACGGCUGUGGCAGCACACUAGUGAUGAGAGAGAAUUCCUUCAUUUAUGCUUUUGCACUGGUCUACAACCCCAAAGUGUCUGGCAGGAGUCCCAUCAUGAGGAGGCAGAGUGCUGUUAUUGGAGUGGAGUGCCACUACCCGAGAUGGGCUGAGAGCUGGACCGACUUGCAGAAACCCACUUGAAUUUACUUUAAAAAAAGAGAACGUUUUAUGUUUAAUAGCAAAGCACAAUAAAAGUUUUAAUGUCUAAACACACUGGUUCUUGUCUGACUUAGGCCAUAAACUAAAGGAGACACAAACACAUGACUGAAUUUCCUGAUGGGUUCACUGAUGGGUCGAAAAGAAAAUGGUACAACACCUUAUGUGUUCAGCACUCGACUAUGUGGCACAAUAUCAGGCCAGA